UAAAUGUCGGCCCAUUAGGGUUUUCUCGCCCACAUAUAAAUAAACCUCCGCCUCCGACUCCUCCCCCGUCGGCCGCCAUCUCCUCCUUAGGUUUAGGUCUCCUCCGUCUCCGGUCUCCCGAGCUCGCGAAAAUGGUCGCCCACAGGUUCCACCAGUACCAGGUGGUGGGUCGCGCGCUGCCGACCCCCGGCGACGAGCAGCCCAAGAUCUACCGCAUGAAGCUCUGGGCCACCAACGAGGUCCGCGCCAAGUCCAAGUUCUGGUACUUCCUGAGGAAGCUGAAGAAGGUUAAGAAGAGCAAUGGCCAGAUGCUAGCCAUCAACGAGAUCUUUGAGAAGAACCCAACCACCAUCAAGAACUACGGCAUCUGGCUGCGUUACCAGAGCAGAACAGGCUACCACAACAUGUACAAGGAGUACCGUGACACGACCCUGAACGGUGCUGUGGAGCAGAUGUACACGGAGAUGGCCUCCCGUCACCGUGUGAGGUCCCCCUGCAUCCAGAUCAUCAAGACCGCGACUGUCCACUUCAGCCUCUGCAAGAGGGACAACACCAAGCAGUUCCACAACUCCAAGAUCAAGUUCCCGCUGGUCUACCAGAAGGUGAGGCCGCCCACCAGGAAGCUCAAGACCACCUACAAGGCGACCAGGCCGAACCUAUUCAUGUAAUCAGGGAAGCCCCAGCCUAUUGUUCUGUGUUUUAGCGCAUAAAAAAGAUUUUGACUAUGGAAGUUUUGGUGCACUAUGGUCUGUGGGUUAUGCAAUUUGAUGUUUUUGAGACGCCACUUUGAAUGAUGCUUUGCCAACCCUCUUGAUAUUAUUCUUAUUAGUAAUCAGCGUAUCAAACUUC